AUGAGCGACUCCCUCUCAGACACGUGUGAUCCUGCCUUCGAGGAGCGUGUGGUCUCAGCAGGGAGGCCAACACGGCUGCUGUCCCAGAGCCUGGAGUUCAACUCUCCCGCAGACAACUACACCGUGUGUGAAGGCGACAAUGCCACCCUCAGCUGCUUCAUCGAUGAGCAUGUGACGCGCGUGGCCUGGCUGAACCGCUCCAACAUCCUGUAUGCGGGCAACGACCGCUGGACCAGUGACCCGCGGGUGCGGCUGCUCAUUAACACGCCCGAGGAGUUCUCCAUCCUCAUCACGCAGGUGGGGCUCGGCGACGAGGGCCUGUACACCUGCUCCUUCCAGACCCGCCACCAGCCGUACACCACUCAGGUCUACCUCAUCGUGCACGUCCCUGCCCGCAUUGUGAACAUCUCGUCGCCUGUGACUGUGAAUGAGGGGGGCAAUGUGAACCUGCUUUGUCUGGCCGUGGGGCGGCCGGAGCCCACAGUCACUUGGAGACAGCUCCGAGAUGGCUUCACCUCGGAGGGCGAGAUCCUGGAAAUUUCCGACAUCCAGCGCGGCCAGGCCGGCGAAUACGAGUGCGUGACUCACAAUGGGGUGAACUCCGCGCCGGACAGCCGCCGCGUGCUGGUCACGGUCAACUACCCUCCGACCAUCACGGACGUGACCAGCGCACGCACGGCCCUGGGCCGCGCCGCCCUCCUCCGCUGCGAGGCCAUGGCAGUGCCCCCCGCGGACUUCCAGUGGUACAAGGAUGACAGACUGCCCCCUGCUGUGACCCUCUCUCUUCCCUCAGGCCCAGGAUCCCUGGAAAACUCAGCCCCGAGGCCUCCAGGGCCCCUGACCCUCCUCUCUGCCCUGAGCUGGCUGUGGUGGAGGAUGUAG